AUGCACACGAUCUCGGGUAGUGAACUCUGGACUGUCACAAAAACGGAUUUGAAAUUGCAAGAUCGCGACGUUGAUGUUGUGGUUGCGAUUGAGGGGUCCGAGACCAGGGGGAUAGAAGGACGAAAGGUACCAUCCCUUCGUGCUCUGAAAGUCAGACGGGGUUUAGAGCCUCGCGAUGAAGACGACGACAACACGUUCAUCCGUCUCAAAGGAACCGACACCUGGUUUCCUUAUUCGGUAAAAGAUAACAAAGUGAAGUUCAAUGGAAAGCUUGUCGAUAUCCAGGAUGCGUUUAAUGUCGGAGAUGUCAAGUUUGGGGAUGUGGAGUUUGAUCAUUUGUUUGAUGUUAGGAUCGGGGAUGUUUAG